AUGAACAGCGAUGACGAGACAUAUAUUCUGCUUCUGCUCUCUGAUAGCAACCUCCCGACUGGCGCAUUCGUAGCUUCGUCGGGCCUCGAGUCGUACAUGAAGCAUGGCUUCGGUUCCAACGACCCUACAGCAUUCAUCCGCGACAGCAUGGCAUCCUAUGCGCGAAGUGCACUGCCAUUCGUUUCCGAUGCCUACCGCCUUGUCUCUUUGUACCGCGAGAUGGAUGUACAAGGCAGCAGUCUGGACCAAUCGUCCUCAAAGCUCUUGUCGGACAUCGUCGCACUUGAAGAGCUCUACGAAACCAUGAUGCUCAAUCACGUCGCUAGACGCGCAUCGAAAUCCCAAGGAGUUGCCCUUUUAACGUUGUACACAAAGGCCCUCUCUCCGCCUUCUUCAUUUCCGUUAGAGUCCGACGCCAAGGGGGUUCACGAACAAAUGUCCACAUUCUUCACUCAGUUCAAGACAAUGGUCAGAAGAGAGGAUGCGCAUGGGCAUUUACCAACGUGUUGGGGAGCAUUGACAGCUGCGCUGGGGCUGACUUUAGAAAGGUCCUGCUAUCUCCACCUCUUCCUUCAUGCCCGAAGCCUCCUUUCCGCAUCUGUUCGCUUAAAUGAUAUUGGCCCGUAUAAUGCUCAGCAAAUCUUACUUCACGCUGUACGCCCAUUGGUAGCAGCUGAAACCAGUCGAUGUCGUAGUCUGACUACAGGAUCAAUCCCUCAUUUAAUAGACGACGGUGCAUUCGACGAAACGAUUCAUGGACCAGCAAAUACUUGGCCUCUGGGCGAGAUCUUAACGGCCAGGCAUGACUUGCAGCAUUCACGCAUUUUCAACAGUUAG